AUUUUAACAUAUUAUUUUCUUUUAAAAACAUGAAACUGUCAUACAUAAUUUCCUCUUUUCUAUUUUCUACAUCGGUAUCUGCUACUGAACCUGUUAGCUUAUCUUGUAUCGUUCCAGGAAGUUGUAUUCUACCGGUCAUGGACCAUACUUCAUGUAUUCCAUUUGGUGGCUUUCUGGAAAACUGCGAUAUACCAGAGGCGGCUAUAAGGUGUGGUACAUGCACGUUUACUGAUGCCAAAAAACACGCAGAUAUCCAUAGUAUCAGACAAGCUUUCAAGGGCUCAUGCAGAAUUAAAGGCGGAGUCCUUGCCGAUACCCCUCUCGACUUACCAAAAUGCAGUUAAAAGUUUAUCUAUAUAUUUUGUCGGUCGAUUUUGUAAAUUAAAAAAUAAAAAAUUGUUUGCCA